GAACCGAAUACUCUCUGAUAAAAGGUAGAAAGUUUCGUAAAAAUGACCAAUCAAUAAUCGCGUUACAUUCCCGGGGUUGCUAUGCAGGUGCCCGAACAAAUCUUUCUUGACAUCUGAUCUCAAGUCUCCAGUAUGACUGCUGGAUCCAUUGCAGUGCCCACCAUUGUGCCAUUGCGGCCGCCAAUUCCAGGCAAGCCCAAGACAUCCAUUGACUCCAACACUAAAAUUGAACUCAGUACAGAGAGCAAUGGAGCAAAGAUCUACUACACAAUCAAUGGAACUAAGCCAGAUCCCUUUCCAAAGGUUGGGUCUGCCAAGUACACGAUGGAAUAUCAGGGACCUUUCACACUUCCCGCAGGGAAACAGACCGUGAAAGCUGUGGCAUUGUCUCCGGAUGGAAUGCGUGAAUCCAACGUGGUCACGAAGGUGUUUGAAGUGGACUACGUGGCGCCCCCUGUGAUGCCACCAGAGGAUGACGAUAUGGGGUUCCAAGAUGAUCUGCAAAAGGAGAAAACCAUGUUAAACGUGAGGAGAGCUCAGAAGGAUCUGAUGAUAUCACAGCGGUCAGCUUGGACUGAUGUCCAGCGAAUGAAGAACUUGACCAAUCGAAUGGAAGACAUGGAAAUCAGGGGAAGUCACCACCGUCAUCCAGGCACAGGAACCAGGUUCCUUAACUCUAGACAUGAAAGGUCACCUGACAGAGAUCCGAUGUCCAGUCGCAGUCACAGAACCCCCAGUCCCCGUAGAGUGCGACACCUGCCAGACAACACUACCCAGGCCAUGAGGCUUCAAAGGGAAACAGACUUUCUCAAGUGUGUGUACUGCUUUGCCGACCGGCCCUCGGACCCGUAUGCCCGGUUCUGUAACACCUGUGGCAACACUGUAGCCCAGAUACCACAGACCCGAAUCCCACCCCCAGAACCAGGGCAGAUGGGUACCUGUGUGUACUGCAAGACCUUGGUGCCAUUCAACACGCCGACCUGUGUGGUGUGUGAGGGUCCGAUCCCCAACCAGAACCAGCCCAUGGCCAGCAUCAGGCUUACUGACAAGGCUGUGUGCACGCUGUGUGGUACUGGCAACCCUGCAAACCUGCCCCAGUGCAUCACGUGUGACACCCUACUGCCUCGAGGCCAUGCUUCACAGCCUGCGUAUGUUGGACAGUCUGCUCCCCCUAUCACCAGUCUAGACAAGAAGUACCUGAAAUGCACGAAGUGUAACCGUGUCAAUCGCGGAGAGGCACGAUUCUGUGACUGGUGUGGAGCCAAGCCGGCUGUAACUGCGACUGCACUGACAUGCUCCAAGUGUCGUGCCAGCAACCAUCCCUACGCUACGUUCUGUGGCUCAUGUGGAGUCAAGAUUGAUGCCCCAUUGCGCGUUGACGACCUAAACGGAUUCACUAGAGAGGCGCAGUGGCUCCCCGUGAGCUCCCCUCUGGGCGCCCCACCCAAGCCCUCCAAUACCAUCUCUACGCAGACUGUGGGCCUGUUCUACCCCUCGACACGAGGCCUGGAGCGUGAGAAGGAGAAGGAGGAGGAGAAACUGGCCUAUGAGCGUCAGAUGAGGGACAGGAGGCCACUCCUGACUGCUGUCAGUCCGGGGAAAGGUUACUGGCGUAAGCAGGUGGAGCACAUCUGUCAGCAUGUGAAGGCUCACGCCCAGAAUGACGCUGAGUUCCGGGCGCUCAUCGGGGAACCCAAGAUGGGCAAGUUACUGACAAGCACAGUACAAGAGGAUGGCUAUGAGUUGAGUCUGACUGUGACCUUUGCCCUGCGUGGAGGGAAGGACAAAUUUGCGGGCAAGAAACUGGGCAUUACCGGGGAUUACCUCAGCUUCCAUACAGAGCAGGACAACCAGACCACCUACAGAUCGGACUCUGAUGACUUUGAUGAAGUAAUUGAUGAUGCCCCCAAGAAGUCAGAACGCAAAAUUGUAAAGAAGAAAAAGCCAGUCAAGAAAGUGAAUAAACAAGACCAGCUGUUGUUAAAGGAGUUGGGACCAAACGGUGAGGGAGAUGCCACAGAGAUUCAGCACCUUCUAGAUGAGGGCUCGGAUCCAAAUUGUGUGAACAAGAAUGACAUUCCUGUGUUGCACAUUGCGGCCAAGAACAAGUGGGCGGAGGCCAUAGGACUCCUAGUGGAGGCAGGGGCUGAGGUCAACAAAAAAGGACCUGCUAUCAUUAAAGGGAACACUGCCCUUCAUGAAGCAGUCAGCGUGGGAGCAACAGGGGUCAAAGUGGUGGAGGCCUUGCUCAUUGCUGGUGCUGAUCAAAAAGCUAAGAAUGACAAAGGAGAGACGCCCUACGACAUGGCUGUGAAGGGAGGCUACGAGAACCUUGUGAAGAAGUUUGCCUCAGCCCUAGGACAGUCACAGCUGGAUAAACUGACGAGACCCACAAAUAAGGGAUAUUAAUGAGAAACUGUUGAUCUGGUCUGGGUGUCUCAUAAGUUCUGAAGUCCUUAAAGUCAGGAUUCGCUCAAGCAGCUUCUGUGUUUUGGUAUAAAUAGGAAGUGUGAAUAAUGAUAUUGGAAUAUGAUGAUACUUUUUGAAUGAUGCAUAUUGAUGAGAAAAUUAUUUUUUUGUCACAAGAUUUAUUUUUAAAUAAUGAUCUUGAUUGAUGUUGUGUUAACCAUAAGCCCAGUUUUUCUUACAAAAUUUCUCCUAUGAAGCACUUAGCUCAAACAGUGAUACAUCUCAAAAAAUGUGUACACGUUUAAUGUUUUGAUUGCUUUUGUGGAAAAUGUAUUGACAAUGCUAUUUACAAUUGAAUAAACAUUUAGAUAAAUAGACAUGUGAACAGUUGACAUUUUUAGUUCAGCUGAGCACUUGAGUGAAUGUUGAGCUUUUGUGGUCACUGUUUGUCUAUUGUUUGUUGCCUGCUGGGCAUUGUAAUAAAUUAUGUUUAAAAACUCUAGAUGCCACAUUUAUUGCACAAUCCUCAUGAAAUAUUGUCCGAUAAUUUGUUUUAGAGAUAUUUCAGCCAAAAUUGAAACUGGGACAUGUGCUUCAAAAAAGAGGUCACUAUGUUGAACUAAUGAAAAGGCUUGUGAACAAUCUAGAAAUCUUCUUAAAACUUGGUAAGAAUAUUUGUUCUCAUGGUAUUUCUGCUGAGUUAAAAAUGGUUCUUUUCCGUUGAAUGACAUUGCAUCUUUGGGACAGGGCAGUUUUCCUUAUAUAACGAUAGUGAAUCUUUGUUAAAGUCAGCGUCCAAUCUUCACGAACUUUAUGCAGAACAUUUGUUGUAAUGAUAUCUCGGUGAGUUUGAAAAUGGUUCCAGUUUUUUUUAACAUGGCUGCUGGGAGGCAGAAUAGUUUUCUUUAUCUUGCUGUUAUGAAACCUUGUGAACAGUCUUGAAGUUACAUUUUGUGUCCAAUCUUCAUGAAACUUGUUCGGAACAUAUGUGCAAAUGAUAUCUCAGUCUGCCUUGAAAGUACUUCUGUUCUGUUGGACAACAUGGCUAAAAGGGGCAUAGCAGUAUGGCUUUUUGAUAACCUGUCAAUACUUUAGAAGUCACAUAUUUUUUGGUAAUAUGCAUUCAUUUUUUUUUCUAAAUAUUUGUUCUAAUUAUAUCUUAUCAAAUUCAAUAUCAGAAGCCACAUUAAUUAUACAAACAUCACAAAAUCUGCUAAGAAUAGUAAAGUUCUCAGGUUAGCGACCUUGAGCCUUGGCCCUCUUGUUUUUAGAGUGUAUGCUAUCAUUCAAAUGUGGCUGUAGAUAUAGAAUAUCUUUGAAGGUUUUUAUUACCAGUAGUUCGUGUUGUUUGAUAUUGACUUUUACUGCACUUUCAGGUGUAUUGGUCUAACGAUUUUAUGCUAUCAAUGUAGAAAUGUACAUGUUCACAUAAAAAACAAUUGUAAUUUUAUAUUGAUGGAAUAUUCAUGUAUUUUAUUAUGUAUUUCUUUCUUUCUAAUUGUACACAUUGUCAGAUAACCAGCCUGUGAAUACAUUACCAUGUAUUUAAAUGAUCAUAUGUGUAGAUUGUACAUCCCUUAGUUGGUAUGUGGAAUGAUGUUCUGUAUGAGAGUUUCUAUUUGUUAGGGUAGUUUUAAAAGUAAUUGUACACUUGAAGUAGAUACACUUUUUUAUAUUAAAUUAUUAUGUUUACUUUAAGAAAUGUUGGUAUGAAUAUAUUUGGAUGGUUAAUUCUGGGUGUAUCUUCUUAGAACUGUGUUGGGUAUUAUGCAAAAUGUUACCCAGGCACUAUAUACUGGUACAUAUUUUUUAGGAUUUUUCUAGCCAAUCUCAUGGCCUGUAUUCACCAAAAAAUUCUUUGAGUAAAGUCUUAGAAUAUAAAAUAUUAUUUUAAUUGGAAUAUUCAAAAACUGCUUUAAUUUUAAUUCAAAUUUGGUGGAAACCACCUCUAUCAACAUCAUUCUUCAAGAAGAGAAUUCUGUUAAUGACAUAUCAAAAUUGGAAGCAGGUGUAUAUUCAAACGCUGAAAGUAAUUUUCUUGGUUGUAUAUUCUUUAUUCCUUAGUCUAAGAAUCGGUUGAUGGAUACAGGUGCUGCAUAAAUUUGCUUUUAGUUGCCUAUAGUUGUUGUGCAGGCAGUAGUCGCACUGUCUGUGGUUGGGUGGGUUGGUGUUCAUGUUGGUGAUUUAGUUUUUGGUAGGGUCAGUCUGUCUAGAGGUAGUUUUCGCUCUGUAUCCUAAGGCACAUUGAAUUCUAAUAGUACUUCUGGACAUGAAAGAAUAUGAAUUUGUUUGAAUACCAUGCACUUCAUGGACAGAUUUUUGUAUGUCACAUCCUUUUUUAAUUAUUUCAUUUUGAUGUUUGCUGAUGUUUUUGUGUUACACGCUAUUUUCAUUUUAUUUGUAGAAAGCUGUUUAUUUAUUAAUUGUUCUAUAUUUAAACAUUUCUUUGUUUUUCAUUACUUUAUAAACAAGAUUUUACUGAAUGUUUAUUUUAAGUAGUGACGUCAUUUUCUUUUUAUAUUUAAAGUUAUAUACAUACAUUUGUACAUUCCAAGCUUGGUCAAUUUUAUUUUCUAUUUUUAUUAAAGGAUACGAUAUUUAAGUCAGAUACAUUUUUAGGGUUAACCAUUUGCAUUUAUAUCUGCAUAUCAAUCACAAAGAAGUGAUGAAAUGAAUAAAUAACAAAUAUCACUCAUCUGUGUAUAUGAAUCCAUUCUUUCAAAUCGUUUUGUACUGGAUUAUAACAUACAAACAUAUUCGAAUAUGAAUGUGCAUCAUGUAUUGUAAAUAUAGGAUUAAAUUAUUUAUGUAGAAA